UGGUGACGUGCCGUAGGCGGCCGUGCUUUUUAUUCUAUGGAGCGAACGGCGCCAAUGGCGGAGUAGGCUUGCUUGCGGUGGACUUUCGUAGGCUUCGGUAAAAGCUCUACCCAAGGAACCGGCGUGUCCACUUUAAGCUGCUUUCCGCCGCUUGUGUACGUUUCGCGUUUACUGGCUUCAGCGUGCAGCAUUCCAUUGCGAUGCCUAACCAAAGCUUUGCGCCCCGUGGUCGAGGUGGGUAUCCACCCCGUGGAGGACUGCGCACCCGUGGCUCGGCCGGAUUCCGGUCCCCAGGAAUGAGACCUGCUGCUUCCAGAGUUGGUUCUGCAACUGGUUUUCGGUCCGCGGGAUUUCGCAACUCCUUUAGGCCUAGAGCACCAUCAGUUGCUCCUAGAACUGGCUUGCAGGCCCCGAGGAUGACAUCUCCACACUCAGGCAGGUCUUCAGAAGCAGCCUACGGGCCUCCCAUCAAUGCAGGUGCUCCUGGCAUGGGUGGAGCUGGUGACGCGGAUGAGCGAGGAGCAUCGCGAAAACCAGUUGCACACUCCGUCAGCACAUGGACGGUGCAGAUUGGAGAAGUGCCCAUCUCGUACAUCUCGCGCGAGAAGUGGAGGGAGCAGUGCCGCCCCGAAAAGGGCAUGCGGCCCGACAUGAUCGACGAGCCGUUCCGGGGCUGCACCCUGCAGGACCGGCACCCCAAUGAGCCCAAAGCCUCGUACACAGAGCAGGAGAUGCGUAACCUCUGUCCCACCUGCGGCACGCUGGUGAUCCACUGGGAAACCCACAAGCAGGGAAAGCUGCACCGUGAGCGAUCCAAGGCCAGAGAGUCAAACAGCCACACGCCGGGACCAACACAGCAGGACGUCGUAGCUGCAUUGCGCGUGCUCCAGGCCACGCGACCUGACAUCAUCGCGGCCUCCCUUGCCGCCAGUUCACCCAACUUGCUCGCGUCUCUCAACAACAAUGGCGGGAACAGAGUGUCGCCUCCGCGCGAAAGGAUGAGGCGAGGCCCCCGGUCUAGGUCUCCGUCACCGGACAGGAAGCGACAUUCCACCCGAUGGGAGCCUGCGGACCAUUAUGACCGCUAUGACGAGGCUGCUCGAGCUCCAGCUCGUACGGGCGUCCCCAAGGGUACACCUUCCAGGGCUGGUCCUGGGCCAAUCACCACCAACAAGGAAGACAAGUCACGAACGCAGAUCGCGGAACGGAAGGCAACCCAGCAGGGGGCCAUGGCCAUCAACAAAGGCAACCUCCAUAAGCCAGCGUUCGUUCUGAAACGACCUCGUGGAGGCCAGCCACUCAGAGCUGGCCAGCGUGGGAACUGAGCUUUGGACCUCCUUUCGAGCAUUGGAGGCAAGAUGCAUAUUCCUUUCACUCGCCAUAACAAUCACGUUUACCCAGGUUGGAUGGCCGUGACAGCUGGGGGCAAGACACUGUCAGUGCUACAUUAGGUCAAGAAAGUUCCUGAAAACCAGUGAUGCCACGAUUUGGCACACCGGUUGGGUUCUGUUCAUUCAGUUAGGUGAGCAUGUGCUCCUUGAUGUGGCAUUUCCAUAGCCUGAAGAUGCGAUCGCAAGUGGCCGUAGGGUCAAUGAAUGAGCCAAAGAAUUGCGUAUUGCAACUGCGGUGAUGGAAGUGCUCCACCGAUCGCGCCAAACUGGGCCGUGAAGGGAAUGCUGCUACGCCAGAUUCUUUUAUCGCAGGCAUUGCACGACUCCUGUUUCGACAUGCACUUGCUCCGAAUAUCCUAAUAAUUGGGAAGACAAAAAAAAACUUUUGCAAGAAAGUGAAGAAUCGGUUUUGUUGCUUUUUUACGUUGCUAGCGGUACGAAAAAUAAGCCCAAUUUCGCUCUGGGUUGCGCUUCAUUGAAAUAGUCUCUACUUAAAAUAACAUGCCGAGAGGUCGUAGGGGCACCUCGCGUUCACCUGUCGCUAGUCUGUCGUGCAGCCUGAUGUAUGUCGCGUGGGAUAUCAUUAAUUUGGAGCUUUCUGUCCGCACUGUUCUGUCCAGUCAGCCAAUCAAGCAUAUCGUAGAUAGGUUCGCGGUGGAUUGCCUAUGGGCCCAAUCUUCGCUACUGUGAUUGCCAGUUUGGCCCCUGUGCGUGAUUGCAUGUCAGUUUACUGAAGUGCCUGAUACAAACGUACCGACUGCAAGCAUUCCACAGCCGCACAGCACUAUACUGAUCGACCGGCGCAGACGCAGUUUCGCCCAAGACACUGGCAAUGGUAACAAAUUAUUAGACAACUACACGGAGCAGCGUUUGUUGUUUCAUAGGCCAUAUUAAUUGCAGUAAGCAAUCGCUUACUAAUAUUAACAAGCGCGCAUGGGCAAACGUCGGACCUUACUCGAUGAUAGCGAACACUCGCUAUCAAACGACAAGAAACAACGCUGGCGGGAUGGAAGAGUGGCAGCAACGGCAACUGAAUUCCCCUUUAUGUUGCCUCUUGCUUCAACGCAAACUAGGCGCAUGAAGACGCAGCGAUCGGAAAGCUAUCGGCCAUGUCGGCUCACCAAAGCUUUGCACUCGCCUCAGAGUGUCUGCAGGGUAGGGUGCAAGUGACCACGCCUUGUGUCCCUGCGGUCGGACGACGACACGUGCGCUAACCUGCUCCCUCCUCACCUCUCCUACUGGGCACUCACCUCCCUGCUCACCCGCCUCGCUGCGCGUGUGAAAAUACUCCGCGCAUCAAGCCACCAUCCUACUCGACUCGCCCUCACACACAUUUCCUCGUAACUGCAGCAUACAGCCCACGGCAACUAUCUUAUCGCACUUAGAGUUUGUACAGAACUUCACACCAACUUCGACGACGAUGGAAAUUCACCUGGACUAUUCGUAUAAUUUCCGCGAAAGGGAUUAUUAUGUUAUAUAAUUAUGGUGACAGAGGUUGCACAGCUUUUCGAUGUGCCUUUUUCGCAGUCGCUGAAGGGUAUAUCAGCGAAUGCAUAAAGGGAAUUAUAUUGCUCCUGGGCAGCAUGGAUGAGGAAAAGAAAUGGCUAAAACAGGACAAGGAAGUGGACGCGGAGCAUGCAAGUCGCACAAUACACAUGCUGUUCCAUCUAUGGCUGGUAGGACAAUAAUGCCAGGAACAAAAUGGAGGGAAUGAACUCUUCAUUGAAAUGCAGAAUUAACUGUGAAUUAGGUUUAUAUCUAUUUAUCUUUAUCUUGUAUAAUAAUAUAUGGAAGGGCAAGUCAAAGAAAAAGGCCUUGUCUUAAAAUACGUAGUGAAUGCAAUGUUUCAGAAACUAGUAACUUAUGCAGACUUCGUCUUUGCACCAUAGCAGCAAGUUACUGCUCCAAAAGCAUUGUAUUUUUGCCCCAAACAGCAGAUCUUCCUGUUCCAAAAGCUGCUCCAAGGGACCAUGUGCCGCUUCCAUCACUGCAACUGGGAAGCUGCCUGCUCAUGCUAAUGGGGUAGCGGAGUUCAAUGCGGUUCAAGCAGCAAGCUUUAACCACAUGCCAGAAAUUUCUUCAGGAAGAUUACAUGACUCCUGAGGGAUGAAAACUGCUUGGAGGCACAUGAAACUGCUCUGAUGAAGGAGUGUGUAUUUACGACAUCAAACUUCACCAGAGAAAGGGAACGGCAUCUUAUUGACCAUAAAUUUGAAUGAGACAUUGUGCAAAUCCCAGUGCAAAAGAUGGAACGGUGCCCAUUAAAACACUGGGAUGGUUACCAAGCUUGUCAUCCCUACUUCGAAUAACUUGGUACUGUAGCAAGUUCCUGGUACUGAAGUUGUGGAAAAUGGGAUCUUGCAAGAAGGUUAUUGUGUGAACUGGCUUGGAGAGCGGCAACAAAUUGCACCAAAAUGUGUCGCCACUGUGCGCCAACACAACUUUCUUUGGGCAAUCGCACAUAUACUGUGGUGUGCGAGUCACUCAUCGGUGAAACAAGGGUAGCGACCCUUGAGUGUGUUACUUCUUUGCUCAGUGGUUUGCUGUGUACACUUGCAAUAUUUUCAUUGCCAUCUGUUUCGAGAGCGGAAAGGGAAGCGAGAACUGCUGGCACUUGUGCACAAUGGCCUUGAGAAGCUGGACCACUGCUGUGGCGAAGUAACGGCACCAUUUCGCGCAAGCUUCGACAUCCCACUGCAAUUUCGUAAUCACGUGUGCCCUGGCCACAAUCUUUGGUCAUGAAGUUUGAAGUUGAGGAAAAUGAACUGUCAUAGGAAAGGGAAUCGCAGGAGGACGGGUAGGGCACCGGAGGAAGGCAAGUGGACUGGUUGGGCUGAGGCCCAGAACAGGAUUGUUUCUUUCACAUGUGGGAACCUCCGCCUGGAAAACAGUGGAAUCUUCACUGCGUUGCAACUAGGAUCUGCUUUUCAUGGGGUCUGCCACUGGUCUCUAGUGGCUCUGCUGCACCACCUCAGCAGACACUCGGCACCGUCAAGCUUUCUCAGCUUGCAGUUCGGCAGUCCAUUAUAACUCCCCGUUUUCCUCCACAGCACCGUCCACUCCAGCCUGCCACGGGCUUGGAAUGCUGGGCUCCAUGUUGCCUGCUGAAGCGCACAGGCAGUGCAGCGAAACAUUGAACAGGGCGUAAUUUUCCGUUGGUCACCAACACUGCGUGUUGGCAGUUGCAGUGCGUCUGCAUGGUUAACGGCAGCCUGACCUUUUCAUUGGGCUUCCUGGCAGUAGACGGAUCACCAGUGUCUCUUGCCUACACCCCCCCCCUCACCACGUUUCAUACAGCACUGCAUUUU